AUGAUUACGGUGACGGGGAAUCCAAAAAAGCUAGGUUUCUUCAUCGCCACCCUGAACAAAGUUAAAGCUACGUCCACUGCUCAUUCUUCACUACCUUAUUUCAGAAACCCUUCAUCGAUUUUUGAAUCAGGUAACGAAAUCUGUUACCCCAAAACGAUUUCAGCUCACUUUUAUUCAACUUCUUCUUCCAAUUCUCAAACACAGGAUAAUCAUACCCUACCUAUGAUUGACAAGAUUUCUAAUCUUGAUGAUGCCCUUAAACUGUUCGACGAAAUGACACAGAGGCAACCUCUGCCAUCAGUUGUUAAAUUCAACCAGUUGCUGCAAGCUGUUAUCAAAAUGAAACACUAUUCUUGUGCGAUUGAUAUUUUUAAACAAAUGAAUGCCAUUCAUAUUCCUGUGAGUGUAUACACUGUUAGCAUUAUAAUCAAAUGUUGUUGCUUAAUGUAUCGCACCAGGGAAGGGUUUGCAGUCCUAGGUUAUGGUUUCAAACAUGAUAUUCCACCCAAUGUCUACACUUUCAGUAUACUCUUAAAUGGACUUAUUCUAGAAGAUAAAGUCCUCAAGGCAGAAAUAUUAUUCAAGAAGCUGAUCAAAGAGGAACUUUGUGAACCUAAUGCGAUUAUGUACAGCACAAUGAUUAAGGGGCUUUGCAAAUGUGGAAAUAACAAUACAGCAAUUGCUUUGCUUAGACUAAUGGAUAAAAAAGGUUGUAAACCUGAUGUAGUCACAUAUAACACCAUCAUUGAUAGUCUUUGCAAGGAUAAUAUGGUAGAUGAUGCAUUAAAGCUCUACAAAGAAAUGAUCUUCAACAAACGCAUCCAACCUCAUGUUGUCACUUACAGCUCUUUGAUUCAUGGUCUUUGUAACUUAUGCCGUUGGGACGAGGUCUCUAAAAUUCUCAAAGAAAUGGAGCAAAACAAUAUUUCUCCAGAUGUUCAAAUAUUUAGCAUAUUAGUCGAUGCACUUUGCAAGGAAGGUAAAGUGGAAGAAGCAAAAGGUGUUAUCAACUUAAUGAUUCAGAGAGGAAAGGAUCCUAAUGUAGUGACAUAUAAUUCACUUAUUGAUGGAUAUUGUUUGCGAGGUGAAAUGAGGAAAGCAAAUGAAGUUUUUGAUUUGAUGGGGGUUCGAGGUUUGGUUCCUAAUAUUGUUACUUAUAAUAGUUUAGUGAAUGGGUAUUGUAAGAAAUUGAAGAUAGAAGAGGCCAUGCAUUUGUUUCAUGAAAUAACUAAAAAAGGUAUGAAACCCGAUGUGAUCACUUACAACACCAUGAUACAGGGAUUGUUUCAAGUUGGACGUUGUGAAGAUGCAGAUGAACUGUUUCAUGAGAUGCGAGCACACAACGUGAUUCCAGAUGAAAUCACUUACGGAAUAGUUUUGGAUGGUCUAUGCAACAACAAUCAAGUGGAUGAAGCACUCUCUUUGUUCCAUUUGAAGGGUGACAACAAGCUAAAUUUAAAUAUAAAGGUGUACAAUAUACUCAUAGAUGGUGCAAGUAAAAGUGGAAAAUUUGAUAUUGCAAGGAUUCUUUUCGAUGACAUAAGUGUUAAAGGUUUGCAACCUAAUGUCAUGACAUAUACUAUGAUGAUUGGUGGUUUUUGUCGCGAAGGUCUUGUGAGGGAAGCAAAAGAAUUGUUUCUUGAAAUGGAAGAGAGAGGUUGCCCACCAAAUAAUGUGACUUACAACAUUCUUCUUCAGGGAAUUUUAAAAAACCAACAACAUGAUAUGGUAGAGAUGCUUUUACAAGAAAUGGAAGGAAGACAAUUUUCACCUGAUGCUUCAACUUUAUCACUGUUACUUGGUCAAAUCGCAACUAGAUCGUUAGAUGCUUCUUUGAUUAAGUUGAUUGGAAAGAUUAUGCCAAAGGAAGAAGUGGAUUGUCCUUCUUUUACAAUGUAG